UAAAAGCGAAAAACCCUCCCAAAAAGCAAAUUCCGCAGGUGCCCAGGGGCCUAAAUUUAGCAGCAGCUGCUCCUCAUGCUCCCCCACGGAGGCUAUUGGAUCGGAGGGGAGGGCGGGAGGAGGAGGACGGGACAGAAAUAGGCGGGCGGCUGGAGAGAGAUUGGCGGAGGAGUCCAGGAGGGUGCGCGCACAAGCAAGGCAGGACCGGAGGAAACGAGGAGCGGAGGUCAGGGUUAAAUGAGACAGGACUGGGGGAGGAGCAGGAGGGAGCGGAGGCGCGUCAGGUUGUCCAGAGAUGGGAGGAGCUCCCCGGCGUCCCCGCCUUCUACUCCUCUCGGCUCGUUGAGAUUACAUUCAGAUUCGGAUUUUUGCCACACCCUCGGCAAGAUAGAGAAUCUGGAGCACUCUUGAAUGCUAAUCAGACACCCUGCCCAUUUCUUUCUCUGUCUUAGACACAAGGCCUUCUCAUGGCCAGAGACUUGCCUCAUCUGCCCGUAACUAGACGGAAAAUCCUGCAAUUCAAGUUCCUGAUACCGUUUGUUCUUGUUCUUUCUGUGUCUGUUAUUGCUGUCACCCAGUACUUCCAAAGUAUCUCCUACCUUCUACGCCCACUGUGGGACACGCCGCCUAAACCAUUCACCCGCAUCCCACACUACUAUGCACCCAACAUCUCCAUGGCCCAGCUGUGCCAACUCCAUGGCUGGGACAUCCUCCCCGCCCCUCGCCGCGUCUUCGACGCUGUCCUCUUCAGCAACGAGCUUGAUAUUCUAGAAAUCCGCUACCACGAGCUCCUUCCACAUGUUGACAGGUUUGUCAUCCUUGAGGCCAAUUCCACCUUCACCGGCAUCCCCAAGUCACUCUCCUUUUACGAAAACUUCAGCCGUUUUGGGUUUGCUGGAUCAAAGAUUGUCUACGACAUGCUUUCUAUUGGAGAGCUGGAUACCGGUUCUCGUCGCCAACCAUUCCAUGUCGAGGCCUAUCACCGUCGCUCACUCAAUAUGCUGAUACGAAGAUCGGGUAUUGCUGCCGGUGAUAUCCUGAUCAUGGCUGAUGCUGACGAGAUCCCUACCCCCGAGACCGUGCAGUUGCUCAAGUGGUGCGACGGGAUACCACCGGUAAUGCACCUUGGGAUGAAGAACUAUAUGUACUCCUUCGAAUUUCCUGUGGACGACAACAGCUGGAGGGCGACGGCACACGUGUACAACGAGCACACAUCGUACCGCCAUUCCCGCCAGAGCAACUUCAUCCUGGCCGACGCCGGCUGGCACUGCAGCUUCUGCUUCAGGGAGAUCAAGGAGUUUGUUUUCAAGAUGAAGGCGUACAGCCAUGCAGACCGAGUGAAGCAGAAAAGCUUCCUGAACCCAGACAGAAUCCAGAAGAUCAUAUGCAACGGGGACGACCUGUUCGACAUGCUGCCUGAAGAGUACACAUUCGCCGACCUCUUCAAGAAGAUGGGGCCGAUACCCAAGUCAGGGUCCGCCGUGCAUCUGCCUUCCCAUCUGAUCAAGAAUGCAGACAAGUUCAGGUUCUUGCUUCCCGGUGGGUGCUUGAGAUCGGAGUAGAUCAGAGAUUAGCUUUUUUUUUGUUAGCCGACAGUAUUUCUUUUAGCUGCAAUACUGUUGUUCCUGGAGAAACGAUUUCUUUUGGGAGUUUCGUAUGAUAUGGUAUUGUUACUUUUUAGAUAGGGUGCUAGGAGCUGUUUUGGUGUGGGCUUGAGGAAGUUUUCAUGUUGUAUCUGUAGCGGUGGGCUUAUCAGCCCCUGAAUUUACAGCAAGUAACGUACAGGUCAAAUUGCUAUAGU